UUUUCAGAAAUCAUUUUUGCAUUUAAAAAAAUUGGAAAAUAAUCAAGUAAAUUACAUAAUCAACAAAAAAGUUUACCUAUAGUGCAGAAAAAAUAUUAAGUUUAUAAAUAUCUAACUGUAUUAGUGAUUAUAACCUAAAAGUAUGCUAGGCAUUAGAAUUCGAAGCUUAUCCAGCCUAAUUACUAAAAGAGUAAUUUUCAAUGCAGCAGAAUAUUCAAAAUGUUCUUAUCGUAUUCCUCUCAAAGUUACUAAUGAUAAAUAUAGUCAAUUUAAAAGAUAUAGUACUGUCUCUGAUGAAAAAGUAGCGGAACCAUCAAAAGGAAAUAUAGAAAAGAAAGAAUUCCAAGCUGAAACACGCAUGCUGUUAGAUAUUGUGGCCAGAUCUUUAUAUUCCGAUAAAGAGGUUUUCAUCAGAGAGCUCAUAUCAAAUGCGAGUGAUGCUUUAGAAAAGUUUAGAUACUUAAGUGUCAGUUCAGCUCCCGAGUCACCAAAAUUAGAAGGCACUGACAGAUCCCUGGAAAUAAAACUUACAACAGAUAAACAGAAUAGAACUCUUACAUUUGAGGACACCGGUAUCGGUAUGACUAAAGAUGAGCUAGUAAAAAAUUUGGGAACCAUUGCAAGGUCAGGUUCAAAGUCAUUCAUAGAAGAAAUUAAAAAGCAAGGGUCAGAACAAGCCAACUCUAUCAUCGGUCAAUUCGGGGUGGGAUUUUAUUCAGCAUUCAUGGUGGCUGACAAAAUUGAUGUUUACACAAGGAGUAGUAUUGAGGGAUCAGCGGGAUAUAAAUGGAGUUCUGAUGGAUCUGGAACAUAUUCUAUUGAAGAAGUAGAUAAUGUUCCCAUUGGUACAAAGAUUGUUGUUUACUUGAAAACUGACUGCAGGGAGUUUUCUGAUGAUGACACUGUGAAGAAUAUUAUUAUGAAAUACAGUAAUUUCAUUGGAAGUCCAAUUCUUCUGAAUAAUGAACAGAUCAACUCAAUUAAGCCAUUAUGGCUGAUGGAUGCCAAAGAAGUGACCCAGGAGCAGCACAUAGAAUUUUACAGAUUCAUAAGCAACUCAUAUGAUAAGCCACGCUUUACUCUGCAUUACAAAACAGAUGCUCCUCUUAGUAUCAGAUCCAUUUUGUAUGUACCUGAAGGGAAACCAGGUCUCUUUGAACUAUCACGAGACUCAGAUGUGGGAGUUGCUUUGUAUUCCAGAAAAAUAUUGAUCAAAAGCAAAGCUGAAAAUAUUUUACCAAAAUGGCUAAGAUUUGUUAAGGGUGUAGUAGAUUCUGAGGACAUUCCACUAAAUUUAAGUAGAGAAUUAUUACAAAACAGUGCUCUAAUAGCAAAGCUGCGAUAUGUUCUCACCAAUCGUUUCCUUAAAUUCAUGGUUGAGAUGGCUAGCAAAGAUCCAGUAGGAUAUGAUGCAUUCUACAAGGACUAUUCGCUGUUUCUUAAGGAGGGUAUUGUUACGGGACAGAGUCCUUUAGAAAAGGAAGAGAUUGCUAAGCUGCUAAGAUUUGAAUCAUCCAAACUUGAUACUGGAGUGAAAACAUCCCUGGCUGAAUAUAGCUCAAGACAAACAAACGAACAGAAGAGCAUUUACUAUCUAGCUGCUCCUAGCCGUGAAUUGGCGCAAUCAUCGCCAUACUAUGAGUCACUUAAAAAGAAAGAUGUUGAAGUGCUAUUCUGCUACGAGAUGUAUGAUGAGCUUGUGUUAUUGGAGUUGAAAGAGUUUGGAGGUAGAGCACUGGUGUCCGUUGAAAAUGACAUGCAAAAAGGCCCUGCUGACAACACUGAAAGUCUCAUAGGAAGUGACGAUCUUCAAACGAGCCAAGUUAAUGACUUAAUAUCCUAUCUCAAGACCAAUCUAUCUGGCAAAGUGUUCGAUGUGAGAACGACGCAAAAGCUUGACUCUCAUCCUUGCGUCAUCAUUGUGCCCGAGAUGGCAGCGGCGCGCCACUUUAUCAGAACUCAAGCACAAAACCUUAGUGAUGAAAACAGAUUCGCUCUUUUGAGGCCACAAUUAGAAAUUAAUGCUAAGCAUCCAAUAAUUAAGAAGCUUCAUAAACUAUUAGCAAGUGACAAAGACUUAGCCAAUAUGGUGUCACAACAACUCUUCACAAAUGCGAUGGUCACUGCUGGAUUAAUAGUCGAUCCAAGAAAUUUAAUUACAAACAUAAAUGAUCUUCUGGUUAAAGCCUUAGAAAAACAUUAAAUAUUUUCUGAUUAUUUUAAA